CAGUUCGAAUCGAAAUGUCUGACAGUGAAGUGGGUUUCCGUGUGCAACGGCUGCUGCUGUUAAUCUGUCUUGGACUAUUUCCCGCGACGGUUAUCACCAAUUAUACACCAAAUCCCUGCCAAAAUGGUCAGGUUAAUGCUUAUAUCGUUUGCAGCCCCAUUAUUUUGAAUAUGUAUAGUAACCUGUGCGGAGGUCAAACGGGGAUUCAAUGCAAUCCUUCCAAUCCUGUGACUACUGUUGUUCCUGGUACCCCCGGUUGCCCUAACACUCCUCAAUAUCCUACAGUGGUUCCGAAUAAUCCAUUUAAUCCCAAUGUAAAUGUUGUUCCUGGUACUCCCGGUUGCCCCAACACUCCUCAAUAUCCUACAGUGGUUCCGAAUAAUACAUUUAAUCCCAAUGUAAAUGUUGUUCCUGCUACUCCCGGUUGCCCCAACACUCCUCAAUAUCCUACAGUGGUUCCGAAUAAUACAUUUAAUCCCAAUGUAAAUGUUGUUCCUAGUACUCCCGGUUGUCCCAACACUCCUCAAUAUCCUACAGUGGUUCCGAAUAAUACAUUUAAUCCCAAUGUAAAUGUUGUUCCUGCUACUCCCGGUUGCCCCAACACUCCUCAAUAUCCUACAGUGGUUCCAGAUAAGCCACUUUGUCCCAAUACACCAACAACUCCAGCUUGUCCCAAUGCCAAUGGUCCGAGUUCCUGUAAUUCGAACGGCCCAUCUUCGUAUCCCACGAACGGUCCUAGUAUCAAUGCUCCUUCCCCAACUUCUCCACCAACUACCACUCCCCCAAGUGUUACUGAGCAACCAGCGCCUGCACCUCCAGCAAAUCCAACACCACCACCUCGACCGAUCCCAGUCCCAGUCACUACGCCGCCACCGGAUCCCAUUAUCCGGUGUCCGGAGGGAACAAUUUUGGUGAAAGGUGUUUGCCGUCUACUUUUCUGCGGGGAAAAUAGCUUGUACAUCGAAGGACGCUGCAUUCAGACCCGCUGUCCUGCUGGAUAUGUUUGGACGGGUAUCCGGUGCUCGAAGCCUCAGCCAUUGGAGCUCGGUAACAUCCACAUAGAGAACACUGUCCACCAGCUCCCAGGAGCUCUGCCCCACCUGAUCACCAACAAUGUUAACCACGUCAUGGUAAACGCCUCCAUCACAAUCCCAGAACAAGCCUCCGAAGAGGAAGAGGAGCUGGUGGAAGUGGUGGCGCCACCACAGUCACCCUCAAGCCCCUGCUGCAACGUAUUCGCUCCGCGGGUCUGCGCCACCCAGGCGGGUCAAGACGGAUACAAGUGCUUCAGCAGGAGUCAUCAUCAGUGCGGUUCCGUCUGCAGUGCCAGGAAGGUGAUGCUCGCUCCGGCCGCAGUAGCCAGCUGGACUCAGUCCAACAGCCAGAUGGUGACCAUCCCUCCCAACUGGGCGGGUCAGGCCUGUCAGUCCAAUAAUGGGAUUUGCCAGCAGCCCCAGAACUUCUACGACUGCAGUGGCUGUGCUAUGGGUAACCUUUCGACCUGCUCCUCGUACUGCUACUCCUACAAAUGCAGCACCCACAACUGCGUAUAUUACGACCAGGCCCAAUACUGCUCCCAAUAUGCAGGUCAAACCGGAUGCCGUGCGGAAGAUGGAUGGAUGGAUUAACACUCGCCAAGCGCAAAUUAUUGAAAACGUGCUUAUCAUUAUGCAAUCAAUACCACUCAAAAAACAAUAAAAAAAAUAAAGCAAUUAAUAAAGAAAAACAAAU